AUGAAGCUUAUUAAGCAUUGCUUUCAGAAAAUCUAUAGUAACGGUGAUCGUGCUUCAAUUAAGAUCAAUAAGACACCUAAAUAUGAUUGCCUUCUCUUUGAUCUCGACGAUACUCUGUACCCUUAUAGUUCUGGCAUAGAACCGAUGGGCACAUCUGGCUCACAACUAUUGCUAUUAUGUUCAGAUUAUAUGGUCGAUAAGCUAGGGAUUGAGGAGAGCAAGAUCCCAGACAUGUGUAAUGUACUGUACAAGCACUACGGGACAACCAUCGAUAGUUUCUCCUCCAUUGGCUACAAUUUUGAUUAUGAUGAUUACCACAGUUUUGUUCAUGGAAGAUUACCUUAUGACAAGCUGAAGCCAGAUCCUGUCUUUAGACAUCUUCUCCUGAGCCUGCCAAUUCGCAAAGUGAUUUUCACAAAUGCUGAUAAGGUCCAUGCGGCCAAAGUACUUAGCAAGCUGGGGUUGGAAGACUGUUUUGAAGGAAUUAUAUGCUUUGAGACUCUGAAUCCACCAACUGAUCUGUCUUCGCCAUCCGACGCACCAGCCACAGCAGACGUCUUUGACAUCCUCAAGCACUUCUCUCAGCCAGAUGCUGGUUUCGAGCUACCGAAGAUAUUCUUGUUUAUAUUACUGCAUCAUAUACCUUUUAUUGAUAUUCUUGUUUUUUAUUUGCCUUUGUGGUCAAGGCAAUUAAAGCUGCUACAGAUGUAG